GCAAGGAACGGUCAGUGCGCAUGCGUAUGUUUUCAUUUGACGUAAUGGAGCCGUGCACCGUCUUGCGGGUGUUCAUUGAGAGCGCAAGUUCGUGUGUUUUAGUCGCGUUGUAGUUCUCAUUUUAAUAACACCAUGCGGAAUAGAUCACGCGGCUGGGUUAAGAUUAGCUCUAAGCAUCGACGUAUCUUUUGCAUCGAUAUGGAAGCAUGUAGAUAUCAUUGUUUCCGAUAAGGUUGCCGCGGCGCUGCACCGACUGAUCGCUUUGCACAAUUUUCUUUUGACGAAGGAAUUAAAGCCAUCGCUUUUGCAAUGACGAUGGGCGCAACCAGGACCAUGCAUUGUACGCUAGAAGGGCCCGCAAACGCCUUGGCAAUAAACCGAGAUGCCACGCAGGUUGCCGUUGCAGGACGGAACGUGUUUAAAGUGUUCAGCUUGGAGAACGAGGAAUUUCAGGAGAGGAUAAACCUGCGCGUGGGCAAGAAUCUCAAUCUCAACUUCAGUUGCAGCGAUGUCGUGUGGAACAUGGUUGACGACCAUAUCCUCGCCACUGCUGCUACAAACGGAGCAGUCGUCACUUGGAACUUGAACAAAAGUUCUCGAUCUAAACAAGACAUGGUAUUCCAAGACCACAAGAGGACUGUCAACAAAGUCUGCUUUCAUCCGUCCGAGUCACAUAUUCUGUUGUCUGGCUCCCAAGACGGAACGAUGAAGUGCUUCGAUAUUCGCAAGAGGGAGGCUGCAAGCACUUUUCUCAGUUCAUCAGAAAGUGUGAGGGAUGUGCAGUUCUGCCCGCACCAUCACUUUACCUUCGCGGCGGUCCAGGAAAAUGGCAACGUCCAGCUCUGGGACCUGAGGCGCUCGGACAAAUGCGAACGUCAGUUCACGGCGCACAGCGGGCCUGUGUUCACGUGCGAUUGGCACCCGGAAGAGAAACGUUUUCUCGCCACUGGUGGUAGGGACAAGGCAAUCAAGAUCUGGGACGUGAGCUACAAGCCUGUGCUGCAUCAGUGCAUCCAGACGAUCGCCUCAGUGGCGCACAUCAAGUGGCGCCCCCAGAAGAAGUACCACAUCGCUAACAGCUCCCUGGUCGUGGACUGCACCAUCAACAUUUGGGACACGCGGCGCCCCUACGUGCCUUUUGCCGCAUUCACCGAGCACAAGGACGUGGCCACAGGUUUUGCAUGGCGAAAUAGCCCUGGUGUGUUGUUGUCAACAAGCAAGGACAGCACCUUGUUCCAGCAUGUCAUGGGUGACGCCAUCAAGCCAGCAACGCAUGCCGACUCACUCUCGGUGGCCCAUGUACUGAACCCAUCGGGAGACCUAGCCUUUGCAUCCAGCGACCGCUUCUUCGCCGAGCAGACCAACAGGUCUCGACCUGGGCCCGUGCAUCCGGCAUCUGCCAGGUUUCCAGCGGUCUUCAAGAAGACCACAAACCUCGGCGACAAGUUCAGCCAUGCUCAGAGCACGCUAUGUGUCUUUGUCAACAAAGAAGUUGAGGCACUCUCAUUGACGUGGCUACGUGAGAGCGCGCUGCGCUACCAGCUGUCGGGACGCCCCUUUGGGGAGCUCUGCGACCGCAAUGCCGGGGUGGCUGCUGACCUGGGUCGCCAUCAAGUGGCGCAGACGUGGCGCUUGCUUAAGGCUCUUUACACGCAGCAAGCCGGCGGUCCAGCUGAAUUCCUCAGCCUCAGCGGCCUUCUCGACUCGUCAACCAGGGGCGACACUGAGCGCAGUUCACAGGAGGGCAGCAACUUCCACACGAGCCGGCACAACAGCGGCAACACCCGCAACCGCAACCACAGUGGGGGCAAGAAGCCUGCCGUGGGGAGCCGACACCUGAGCGGACAGGGCGCCCUGGACAGGGGAUCCCAGGCAGGGCCUGACGCCGGAGGGCAGCAGACCACGGGUGAAGACUCUGCCUCCAGUGGCAUUGAGGAUGACCAAACACUGGCUUACAUUGCCAGUGGCAUGGCCAACACGCCGGGCGACUUUCUCUUUGGAGAUGACAGUGAGGUUGCUGCACAGGCAUUCUCCUACAACCUUCAGGUUGCCAGUGUCGGGGGUACAGAAAGCAUGCAACAGCAGCAUCAGCAGGAGUGGUCACUGCCCACCGAGGCAUUUGAGCCGCGUCAUCCGAUCCGGGACUCCCCACCCGUACCAGAUCUGGGGCACCCACAGAGCUCACCUACAAGCGGGGACGAAGAAGAGGGGCCAGAGACACUCCUGUAUGGUGGUGGCACCGGAGGGGACACUGAAGACCAGGGCAAAGUGCUGACCGUGUUUCGGCCCCUGAGCCUGCCAGCCUGGAAUUGCCGAGAGGUCGUUCUCAGCAUGCUUACAUACUACGUAGACCAGGGUGAUGUCCAAACAGCUGUAUCAGCCACAAUAGUUCUGGGAGACAAGUUGAAAGGCUGCAUAGAAGAAUCGACAUUGGAGUCCUGGUUUCUUGCUUACAUAGACCUGCUGAGCCGGUUCCAGAUGUGGAAUGUGAUAGCGCGGGUGAUAUCUCUGAGUAACUUGGCCUCGGUGUCCACGCUGAACCAGCAGUCGACCAUAGUGCACACGGUGUGUGGUGGCUGUCAGAAGCCACUGGCCCGCUCGGGCUGGCUCUGCGACCGCUGCAAGGCCAUCCCUGCUCCCUGCGCUAUCUGCCAUGAAGUGGUGCGUGGGCUGUUUGUGUGGUGCCAGGGCUGUGCGCACGGCGGCCACGUGCAGCACCUGGCGGCCUGGUUCAGCAAGCGACGGCUGUGCCCUGCAGGAUGCGGGCACAUGUGCGAGUACACAUAGCACUAGCCUUUCCAGCUUUGCUGCUCUUCUCAUCAGGUCAAUUCGUCAAGUGUAUGCACGUCUUGCGCCAGGAGAGACCAAUCGCUCGAUCGCUCGUUCGAGUACAGCGCCGGAGCACAAGAACGGGGUGCGCUCCUGCUGCAUUCUAGAUCGUGAUGUUUGCUGGUGGCACAACGCAGUAAUGCAUGUCAGCUCCGUGGCUGCAACUGAUGCCGGCGUUGAUGUCGAUGAUGGCCACCACGGUGCCGCAGAUUGCGACUGCUGCCCCACAGACUGCCAGCAUGAGUGCCGGAAACUUGGCCCAAGAGAGCAGAGGUCCAUUUUCCAGCUUGAGGUAUGUGGCUGCUGGCAGGAUGUAAGCCAGUGGUAUGGCGGCCACAACGCCCUAGUAGAAAGAGAUGGAGUCGAGUACAGAGCGUUAGGCUUUUUUUUUUCUUUCUGUGCCACUUAGAUUGGGUGCAGCUUUAAAUGGUUUAAUUUGCUGGCAGGUAAUUUAUAACAUCAUACAGCUUCACUAUGACAGUGUUGCUAAGUUGAGUGUAACAGCAGUACAGAUGGGCUUUCUGCUUAUUAAUAUGCCAAACUGAGUGCCCAGUUUGUGAAUCCUGCGUGAAAAACAGGAGCUAUAUAAGCCUUGUAUCAAGGUACUCGUAUGCAAGAGUUGUAAUCUUGUGUAACUACUACGCUGCCUGCACAGUGUCGCAAGGUUGUGGGUUGGGCUUAAUGUGAGGACAGGUAGGUUGUUGCACUGUGUGCAACCACCAGCCCGUGUUCCUGUAGAGGCCAUUUUGACCUUGCAUUCGGACGAAACCAAGCAGCACAUGCGAGCUUUACUUGUGGCGCAAAAUGUCAGUGAAUGUGAUAGCAACAAACAUGCAACUCUAAUCCAGUUAUCCUAAAGUUGCAAGUGACUCCUUUCUCUUGAUGCCUUGUAGGUACGAUUAAUGAAACCUCAAUGCUUUUUAAUGUCUGUGCCUACACCAAGCUUCAGUGAGUUGAUAUUCUCAUGUGCAAGUGUUCGAUGCAUCUCUUGUCAUUACUAAUUAUGAUACAUUCAUUAGCACACCUGCCACAAACUGAUGCGGUGCCAAUUAUGACACACACUCAUGAAUGGGGUGACAGGUCCCUGUCAUUGACAGUGAGUCAAGUUCAGCAACCGUGCCACACAAGUGACCCAUUAUUUUCAAUUGCAUUAGACACCACGAUGACAACAGCUGCAGUGGAUGCAGCAAAUUUGUUUGCCAAUUGUAAUAUAAUAAAGUUAUUUAGUGGGCAAUAGUUGAAAAAAAGCCACUAAAAAGGUUAACAGAGAUAUUUUAUGUCGAAUUGUAUCAUACUUCAGAAAUGUGUUCAUUGUGUGCAGCCGUAACUGCUAAUUGAGAGCAAGAGUAUGCAUAUGAUGGCCGAACGAGUUGUCAGAAUGUAAUACGCAUGAAAUGGCAUUAAGGUUUACUGCCAUUAAAUGUGGCUGUGUGGCAUCAUGCAAAUAACAUUCAUCUCAUGUGGCACAGGCAUAAACAUGACAUGGGCAUUCAUGAGCUUUUCACAGGGUUAGUGUGCGCUACGAGGUUAGAAGCAGUUAGUACAGUUCAACCUAGUACAACGAAUUAAGGUAUACAUUUGGCUGGCCGUGCUGUAUUGACAGUGUUGAUUACAGCACAGGGAAUAUUUGUUCUCUGGCAGCAAAAGUGUCAAAUAUUUAUCCAGCAAGAGCAACUCUAAACAGCAUGUUAUAAAUGCACAUGCAUGUUUUGGCCAAUGGCUUGGUAUGGCUGGCUUGCAGCCAACAAGCCGAUCGUACAGCUACACAUUAACAACGGCACAAAACGCUUGUUCGUAAAGUAAAGUUGUCCACGAUUCACGCAUUGGCACAGGGUUAUCGAAAUCAACAGGAGACCCUUGAUGACUCGUCAGAGGCAUCAUACUUGCAUUUCCUUUGCAUAGACUUACGAAGACCUGCGAAGGUACGUGUAUGUUAGAUGUGUUUUAAUGAGGUUUAACUAUAAUACUGCUCAAAACUUUUGAACAAGUCAAAAGUUCACAGAAAGAUGGAUGCUUGAAGUGAUGACCAGUUGCAGAACAAAGAAUGUCGCAGCGAUAUUCUUUGUUCUACAACUUGUCAUUACUCAAGACUUUCUCAUUGACUGGAAUUUAUGUAAAGCAAGCGCAUGGCUUUAACAUCUCCAUCACAAAAGUUUGCAUUUGCUGUACGCGAUUGCGAGACCACAUGUGCCAGAUUCUUCAUUGUAAAUGUUCCAAAACCGUCAUCAGCUAGGAAAUGUGGAUUAGACAAACUACAGAUAUAAAAAAAAAGAAAGUGUCUGGCCUGCAUGUUCUACUGCAAUCUUUACUUUCAUAUAAUUUUGUACAAUUAAAUGUAGCAUGGCUGUUGCAACACACAGUAACUGCAAGUCGUGCUUCACUUUUAAAAAUGUGACAGGGUGGAGUUAUUCCUAGAAAAUACUGAUAACUUCACAGUAUGAAAGUGUGCUUCGAAAGGUCAUAAUUAGUCACAACUGUCAUCUUCCAUAAUUAUUUCUGUUCACCUCCACAGCCAGCAGGCGUCCAUGCAUCUUCUUACAGCUGUACUACUUUUCUAUUUCAGUUGAAUUCAUAAAUUUGAGUACCUACUACCUGAUAUGCCGUAAACCACAAAGGGUUGUACAUACAGAAUUGGGAAAAGAUGGAUGAAUACUAUAAUGGCAGUUCUUGUUGUCUUGGUGUUACUACUGGUUUGCGUGUAUGACGUAUGCAUCAAACGAGCAUUUCACUCUUACAGUGAGCACAAGGGUAAACAUUUUUUGUAUGAAUAUUAAUGUACUGUGCAUAAGCUGCAGAUGCAAUUCUGUGUUUUCGUGAGUGAUCCCUUGCAUUGGCUUGUACAAUGUUUUGAGCAGGUGGGUUCAGGUUAUUUGUUGUACAGUCUGUGUAUGUGCCUUGAUGAUUAUCUCUGUGUAAAUACCAUCUAUCACUACUGUGAGCAUAUGAAAUGCAGUCUGACAGUACGGCCAAUGCAGCUUAGCUGUGUAUUAUAUAACACACUCAGACACGCUCGUUUAAGAUGAGAAACACCAGAACACUUGUCCUGAACAGCAUUUGUUCUGGAUCCUGUCAACUAAUGCUUUAUUAUUUACAUGUAGCACGAAUGUGAUCCAAGGACAGAUGCAACACUUUAGAGCAUUUGUCCCUCCUUUUUGCUUGUGCCACUAGGAAUUAAAUGCUUAUACUUGCGCUAUGUGUGAAAUACAUGCUUGCUAUUAGCCUUUGAACCAUUUCAUCAUUUGGGUUUAGUUUUCCCCAAUUACGUGCACAUAAGUUGCAUUCCUUGAGAACAACCUCAAGACAGAUGACAUCUGCUCAGGUAGAAUGUUAUAUAUACAUUUAUGGGCUGCCACACGCACUGAUCAAUUAUGCUUGUAUGGGCAAAACCCAUUACAGAGCAUACUGGGCGAGGAGACAUCGACAUGAAAAUUAGGCUAUUGUAUAUUAAGAGCGCCCUUGUGAUGCUGUCAUUGAAACCGUGUGCAAUAAAGUUCAAAACACCCAUGUCUGCAACAA